AUGGAUAAAAAAAGUGCUGCUAGAGAGCCGUUCUUUGGAACCAGACUAGACUCCAGGGAGUUUGCGGCUGAUGAGCCUCAAGUCUCCAGGACACUUCUCUACAACGAUGGACUCUACAACAAUGAUGAAGAGUUCCAGCCGAAACUGUUCAAGUCAACAAGACAAAACAGACUCAAUUUCGAUCGUAUUAACGAUGUUGGCGAACAACUGCUUCAAUUGAAGGACCAAUAUGACCGGGGCGCCGCCCGUGUUGAUGGUAGUAACAGAUUAGACACCGAAAUCAAGCUCUUUCAGCAUGUGAUAGACGUGUUUAACGAAAAACUGGCCGAUAUUGGACUAAGAUGUUCUCCCACUUGGAAUAUCCUAGAUUCGGAUCAUCUUACCGGAUUUAGCAGCACCAAAAAUGAGAUGACUACGGAAACAGCGAAUUCUGCCUCCAGAUCCAAACGCAAGAUGAAGAUUUCCUUAUCUUAUGACGAUGAAGAUGAAGACGAAGAUGGCGGAGGCAGUUUGUUUGCUCCAAAAAUGAACGAAUCGGUAAAGCGAAUGAAGGUGGAGUUUAUGAAAGGUGACUGCCUGCAGGACAGAGUGAAAUUUACUAGUCGAAAAUUGAAGGGUAUCCCUGGCUCUUCUACCACUCUUCUCACAGACCAUUUUAAGAAGCUGAGUGUCUCUGGGAAUAACGAGCUUUUUCCAGACGAAAAAGUGUUGGUUUCCUCAAAUGUCCCGGUAGCUCCAGCAGACUACACCCAGCAAGUGCAUCCAGAUCUACGGGGACUUCCUGCAACGAAUACAUCAACGCCGAAAAUCACACCACCAAUACCACUCAAGAACAGAUUCAUCUCCGAGUCAGAACUGUUGAUCAACGAGUCAAAAGAACAAACGACAGAUGAUAGCUCUUUGAUAUCACCAAAUUUCUCGCAGCCGUCACGGAAAGUCACCAACAUAGAGGUGAGCCAAUUAAUAAAAAAGCGGCUUGGUGUGCCUACUGACCAGAUCAGCCACUAUCCAUAA